AUUCGAAUAGAAUUUUCUCAAAUACCAAUACCAACUUACCCAAUUCACUUUACGUUAAAGUUAGAAUCAUUUUCGAAUAUCAGUACAUUUACCUUUCACCAAUCAACAGAAAUUCCAAUACCACCAGCUUCAGAACAAAACUUACCAGAUGAUUCAUUACCUUUUUCAAUUACAAAUUCCAAUUUAACUACUACGACAUCAAACACAACUAUUAAUUUAUCUACAUUAACAAAUGUUGGUGAAACUAAUUGUACAAUUCAUAUAGAUUUUAUGAAAAAAGAUUCAAAAUCUUCUUUAGGAUGGAAAACCAAAGGGAAUAUUCCUAUACUUUCAUUACCACAUGAUGAUUAUAAAAUUAUCAAAGAAGCCAAAUUUUGUAAAGAAAUGAUGUUGGGAUAUAGAAUAUUUCCGUAUGCUAAAAAAUUAUCCAAAAAUAUUUAUCAAUUACCAAAUGCUCAAACACAUUCUUGUGGUGAAUUAACUUAUGAUGCAGAAAAUGAAAAUAUUAAUAACUCUAAUCAAAAUAUUAAUGAUGAUUUUGAUAAUAUAUCACAAUACUCGUUAUCUGAUAAUGAAGACGUACCACAAACACCAGGAAUCGUAUCAUAUCCGACAAAUAUAAUAGAUCAUAAUAGAAAUGAUGAUUCAAGUGUUUCAACUUGUAAUGAAAUUGAAUUUAUUUAUUUAACGAUUCCAAAAGAAUCUUUAUUGGGAUUGAUGGAUUCUUUGGAUCGUCUUGCUGACAAUGAUAUCCGAAGUGG